AUGCAGCGGCCCGGGGAGCCGGGCGCCGCGCGCUUCGGUCCGCCCGAGGGCUGUGCUGACCAUCGGCCGCACCGCUACCGCAGCUUCAUGAUCGAAGAGAUCCUCACCGAGCCGCCCGGGCCCAAGGGCGCAGCGCCUGCGGCUGCCGCCGCCGCCGCGGGCGAGCUGCUGAAGUUCGGCGUGCAGGCGCUGCUGGCCGCCCGGCCCUUUCACAGCCACCUGGCAGUGCUGAAGGCUGAGCAGGCCGCUGUGUUCAAGUUCCCACUGGCGCCGCUCGGUUGUUCCGGGCUGGGCUCGGCGCUGCUGGCCGCGGGGCCUGGGAUGCCCGGCACUGCAGGCGCCUCGCACCUGCCGCUGGAGCUGCAACUCCGAGGGAAGCUGGAAGCAGCUGGUUCUGGGGAGUCGGGCACGAAAGCCAAGAAAGGACGCCGGAGUCGCACUGUGUUCACGGAGCUGCAGCUGAUGGGCCUGGAGAAGCGCUUCGAGAAGCAGAAGUACCUCUCCACCCCUGACAGAAUAGAUCUAGCUGAGUCCCUGGGCCUGAGCCAAUUGCAGGUGAAGACAUGGUAUCAAAAUCGGAGGAUGAAGUGGAAGAAAAUAGUGCUUCAAGGUGGCGGCCUGGAGUCCCCUACCAAGCCCAAGGGGCGGCCCAAGAAGAACUCCAUCCCCACGAGCGAGCAGCUCACGGAGCAGGAGCGUGCCAAAGAGGCAGAGAAGCCAGCAGAGAUGCCGGGGGAGCCCAGCGACCGGAACUGCGAGGACUGA